AACUGCCAUGUUGGAUGGAGCUGGUUUAGGGCUCUGUGACGGCUUGACUGCCCAGGAAAGUUUCUGCAGUGUUCCGCCUUCGCUCGGUUGCUCCAAAUUCUGGUCCCAUUUCUUGAGGAGCUGCGGGACUUUAGCUCUACAUUCCUAAACCAGCGACCAUCUUUGGCGCCGUCGCCUUGCGGAGGAAACGCGAGGGCCAAUCCCAAACCGGUGCGAGAGUGGGUCCGGAGGACGAAGGCCACCCAUGACCGAGAGGAAUUGUUUAUGUGUCUUUUGGGGUCUCGUGUAACGAGUAGAGUCGGUGUAUACUUAAACUAAUUGAUCUCCAACGAUGAGUGGACCUCCACCGCCACGGCGGCUCGUCAACACGGGUUCGAUUCUCCUGACUCACCAGGAAAACGAAUGCCUCUUCAACUACCUUGGUAGAAAAUGCACCUCGAUGUCUUCAGCUGUGGUCCAGGUGUACACAGGUGACAGGAACGGCAGCUGGAGUAAGAGAUGCUGCGGGGUGGCCUGUCUGGUCAAAGACAACCCCCAGCGUUCGUACUUCAUCAGAGUCUUUGACAUCAAGGACGGCAGAAUGAUGUUUGAACAGGAAUUGUACCAAGACUUCAAGAUGCAGAACCACAGGAAUUAUUUCGCUUCAUUUGCUGGAGAUACGUGUCAAGUGGGUUUAAACUUUGCCAGCGAGGAGGAGGCAAAGCGUUUCCGGAGCACAGUGUCGGACCUGAUGGGAAGAAGACAGAGGAGAACCGAGAAGAGGCGUGGCCCUGCAGAUGGACCCGCGUUGCCCAUGGCGACCGUCGACAUCAAAAACCCAGAGAUCGACAGGGAACAUCGCAACUCCAACUUCAAACAGAUCAACAUCAACGCCUCUUUUCCCAGGAGGGAGAAGAAGACCAAAGGAGGGGGGAAGAAGAAGAAACUGACCAAAGCGGACAUCGGCACGCCCAGCAACUUCCAACAUCUGGGUCAUGUGGGAUGGGAUCCAAACACAGGCUUUGAUUUGAACAACCUGGACCCUGAGCUGAAGAACUUGUUUGACAUGUGUGGCAUCUCUGAGACCGACCUGAAGGACAAGGAGACCUCCAAGCAGAUUUAUGACAUCAUUGAGAAGAGCGGUGGCGUGGAAGCCGUGAAAAACGAGCUACGGCGACAAGGCCACCUCCACCUCCCCCACCUCCGGGACCCCCACCGGUCGCCCCCCCACUGCCCACUACGGAGGCUAACGGGGGAGAUAAGUCAGCACUGCUGAGCCAGAUCAGGGAGGGGGCCCAGCUGAAGAAGGUGGACCAGAAAGAGAGGCCGGUGUCCAGCACCGGCAGAGACGCACUGCUGGACCAAAUCCGACAAGGGAUCCAACUGAAAACCAGGGAUGAAAACACCGACUCUGCACCAGCCCCCGCCACGCCUUCAGCGGGCAUCGUCGGAGCUCUGAUGGAAGUCAUUCAGAGGAGGAAGGCCAUUCAUUCCUCAGAUGAGGAUGAUGACGACGACGACGAUGAAGACUCUGAGGAAGACGACGAGUGGGACGACUAGCAAUUUAUCCCCCCAAACCCUGGAAUUCUAGUGACACUAAAAUCUGUUUUUGUCUGUUUUAAAGUGAAACGAUUGAUUUCAAGUUUCUAAAUUUAAAUGUCCUCACAGUUGCUGUACAUUUUUGUUGCCUUUAUGCUUUUUUUUUAUUAUUAUUAUUCUGUGCAAUACCUCAUUAAUCUGUAAAUGGCAUUUUCACUUAAUUCUUCAUCUGUCAACUUGCAUCUCUUUGUUUAUAACUGUCAUUUCUUUAUUCUUUUUUUUCUUUUUCUUAGUGUAACACACUAUGUUGUUCCCCGUUCUUCACUUCGUUGAUCAAACAUUCUUUUAUAUCUGCUGCUUGUCAUCCCCCAUCAGCUCUGUCACAUAUCCUCAAAACAAAUGUGCAAUUUUUGACAAAAAUCUCUUUAAAAUUAGAGCUGAAUGUCUUUUUUUCCUGUAUAUUUUGGUCAGUAACUAAGGAGGGCUUGCAAGAUAGUUAGACCAGUUUUGACAAACUAUUGUAUCAUUAAGAGGGAAAAAAUACUAUUUUCAUACCCUACUGCUCCGUAGUUUAUUUUUUACACAUUCAGAAACUCCUAGUUUAGUGUUCAUAUUUUCUUAAAAUGAAGAAAAUGCUCUUUUGUUUUGGAAAUUUAGCUCCAUGUUGCUGUGGACUGUAAAUUUGUUCCAGAGUUGUUGUCUUGUUAUAUUUUUGCACCGAUUGUUCGACAGGAAAAUUUCUGUCGAAUUCAUGAUGGAAUUAAAAAAAGAAAAAAAAAAAAAGAAUAAUGUUUAAUGAUAUGGAGUUAAACAUGAACUAUGAAUAUCAAACACUACGUACAGUAAAGUAAGCAGCCCAGAGGGUGUUUGGCUCGCUAAUAACCGUUUUUGUUCCGGUCAUCGUCACACUACAGAUUAUGUUGAGUUUGUGCGUUUUCUUUUGUCUUUUUUUUUUUUCUUUUUUGAAGUAUUAAUAAAUGCCUGUUUGUUGUAACCAGCUCAUUUAUCAUGUAAAGCUUAAGGAAUAAAGACAUUUUAGUUUUA